GGGCUGGGCUGGACAGGGCUGACUUUCCAUUCUGUGGAGUGUUGCAGGGGAGAGAGGCUGGGGAUUUGCAGAGCUUCAGGCUGCAGCUUGUCAAGAGCUAAGCAAAGACAGGGGCAUCACAAAGAUGGCAGAAGCUCAUCAGGCUGUAGCAUUCCAGUUUACAGUAACUCCAGAUGGAAUUGACCUAAGAUUAAGCCAUGAAGCUCUGCGACAGAUCUACCUUUCCGGCCUCCACUCCUGGAAGAAGAAGUUUAUUAGGUUUAAGAAUGGUAUCCUCACCGGCGUCUUCCCAUCAACCCCAACCAGCUGGUUAGUCGUAGUGGUUGGUGUGACCUCCACAUCAAUGUACACCAAAGUGGAUCCAUCAUUUGGUUUGAUAGAGAAAAUAAACCAGGCACUUGCUACCACCGGCUACAUGUCCAGUCAGACUCAGAACAUUGUCAGUAAUGUCCUCUUUGGCACAGGCUUUUGGGUGGCCUUGACCGCAACAAUGCGAUAUUCCCUAAAGAUGCUUCUGAAUUAUAAUGGAUGGAUGUUUGAAGAGCAUGGAAAACUCUCCAAGAGUACAAGGUUAUGGAUGGGAAUGGUGAAAUUGUUCUCUGGCCGAAAGCCUAUGCUUUACAGCUUCCAAACUUCUCUUCCUCGUCUCCCCGUGCCAGCUGUGAAGGACACGGUCAAAAGGUUCCUGGACUCUGUGAAACCACUGAUGGAUGAGGAACAAUUUAAGAGAAUGGAAGGUCUUGCCAAAGAUUUUGCCGUCAACCUUGGACCAAGGCUUCAGUGGUACUUGAAACUUAAAUCGUGGUGGGCCACAAACUAUGUCAGCGACUGGUGGGAAGAAUACAUCUACCUCAGGGGUCGCGGGCCAAUCAUGGUCAACAGUAAUUACUAUGCAAUGGAUUACCUUUAUGUCUUGCCAACCACAGUGCAAGCAGCCAGAGCUGGCAAUGCGAUCCAUGCACUUCUGCUCUACCGGAGAAAACUGGACAGGGAGGAAAUUAAACCGAUUCAGCUGAUGGGAUCGACAGUUCCAUUAUGUUCAGCUCAGUGGGAAAGAAUGUUUAAUACUUCCCGUAUACCCGGAGAAGAGACAGACACCAUUCAGCAUGUGAAGGACACCAAACAUAUUGUUGUCUACCAUAAGGGUCGUUACUUCAAAGUGUGGCUUUAUCAUGAUGGAAGGUUAUUGAAGCCGAGAGAGAUUGAACAACAGAUGCAGCGAAUCAUUGAUGACAAGUCUGGACCUCAGCCUGGAGAGGAAACGCUGGCCGCACUCACCGCAGGAGACAGGGUGCCAUGGGCCAAGGCUCGUAAAGAUUACUUCGGAAAUGGAAAGAACAAGCAAAGCUUGGACGCUGUUGAGAAAGCUGCUUUCUUUGUAACUCUAGAUGACACCGAGCAAGGAUACAACAAGGAAGACCCAGUGACCUCCCUCGACAAAUAUGCCAAGUCUCUCCUACAUGGAAAAUGCUUUGACAGGUGGUUUGACAAAUCAAUGAGUUUCAUUGUCUUCAAGAAUGGCAAGAUGGGUAUGAACUGUGAGCAUUCCUGGGCCGAUGCCCCAAUUGUCGGUCAUCUGUGGGAAUAUGUCAUGGCAACUGAUAAAUUGGACCUUGGCUAUAACGAAGAUGGUCAUUGUAAGGGGGAUGUCCAUCCUAGCAUUCCUCCUCCAAGCAGACUGCAGUGGGACAUCCCAGAAGAGUGCCAAAAUGUGAUUGAGAGUUCCUUGACUGUUGCCAAUGCCCUCGCAGAUGAUGUUGACUUUCAUUCAUUCCCUUUCGAAAACUUUGGCAAAGGUCUGAUCAAGAAAACUAGAACAAGCCCUGAUGCCUUUGUUCAGCUGGCUCUUCAACUGGCACACUUCAGAGAUAAAGGCAAGUUCUGUCUGACAUAUGAGGCCUCCAUGACAAGGCUGUUCAGAGAAGGCAGAACUGAGACAGUCCGCUCAUGUACCAUUGAGUCCAGUGAAUUUGUUUUGGCCAUGUCAAAUCCCAAAGAAAAUAAUGACUCAAGAGUGAAGUUUUUCAAGGCAGCAGCAGAGAAACAUCAGCAGAUGUACCGUCUGGCCAUGACCGGGGCUGGAAUAGAUCGUCACCUCUUCUGUCUUUAUGUUGUGUCCAAGUACCUGGCAGUGGACUCACCUUUCCUUAAAGAAGUUCUGUCAGAACCAUGGAGACUGUCUACAAGUCAAACACCUCAGCAACAGGUUCACCUUUUCCAACUGGAGAAGUAUCCAGAAAAUGUCUCAAGUGGUGGUGGCUUUGGACCUGUUGCCAAUGAUGGAUACGGUGUUUCCUAUAUCAUUGUUGGUGAAAAUCUGAUCAAUUUCCACAUAUCAAGCAAAUUUUCUAGCCCAGAAACAGACUCUCACCGCUUUGGACAACACAUCAGACAAGCCAUGCUGGAAAUUAUGGGCUUAUUCAACAACUCCACAAACAACUGCAACAAAGGAAAGAAGUAAAGCCUCCAAGUCUGAAGAUGAGAUGGAAUAAAAAACAAACCUAAAAAAAAACAGAAAAAUAAACUGAAGACUCCCUGACCCCUUUCUAGUUUUAAAAUCAAUAUAUUACAACCACAACGGUCCUGACAGAACUAACUUUGAAGCUAAUGCUUUUAGCGACUGCAGACAGCUCUCUCUCCAUAGUCUUCUGCCGGUUAUUUUUUAUUUUUUUUAAUUAGUUUUUAGGCGUUUUUAUGUUGCAAGGUCUGCGGAACAUAUACUUUACAUUACUUCAGUUGCUGCUGGAAUGUCCUCCAGAAAUGUUACAAGGGCUUCUCUUUUAUUGGAGACCUACACCACGCUGUGUGGCCUCCUCUUCUUCUCAAUGUACUCUUCAUUUUUUUAUUUCUUUUUGGACAUUUUUUUUCCUUUGAUUUCCUAACCUGGCUAUAGUUUGCCAGUUGAUAACCCCGGACAGGGUUGUUCUCUGUGGGUCCACGACUUCACCUGUAUACUUGCCAACGGUCCCAAUGAUUAUGGGACUGUCCCAUGAAUGGCACCUCAAAGGGUUGCGGGUUACUGCUAAUUUGCAUUGAAAUAGGCAUUCCUGGUCCGUUUUGGGGGUGUUUCCGGACAGAAGCUUCAAUGUCCUGUGAUUUUUGGAUUUAAGUGUUGGUAGGUAGGCCUCUGCCUCCACGUACGUGAUAUCUUCUGCUAAUCGCACUUUAUGUCUCCCAGAAACCAUCCUAUGGACCAUUUUAUGCUUUCACUUACGCAGUGGAGAUAUUCUUAUCGACAUUUACACAUGGUGGCGGCGUCUUGAGGAGCAGCUUGAUCUAAGAAAGUAUAAUUUUACUAGAAGAUACUGUAAUUAACUCAACCUAGUACUUGAAUAACGUACAGGCUUAUUGUAUGUCGUAUGUAAACCUGCAUUUAUACCAUUUACAAUGGGAUCAGGCUAACCAUUACCAGUAUAGAAUUGAGGGUGGCAUCGAUAGGACAGUCAUAGCUAGGCUUUACUUCACCCGGGCCAAACAGGCAGUUCAUUAGUCCUGUAUCCAAAUCGUCCAGCACCAGUGACAUCCCGCAUACAGUCACAUGGACCAAUAGUAUUUCCUGUAAAGGGGACGUCACCGGUGACGUACCAUUUUGGGAACAUGUUUUGCAGCCAGAGAUGUGCAUGAACACAUACAGAUAGAGGGUCUCUGUGUUGUAAAAACUGGGGCCUGACUAAAAGCAUACGGAGAAAUUAAAGGGUGGACGUUUACAAGAUAUGUAAGGGCUCUGGCAUAAAUGCAAUUACCAAUAGAAAUACAAUAUAAAUUACAUUUUAAUAAAUGGCUGAACACCGACGUUCGCUCUACAAGAGCAGUGUCAGACUAGGGUUCCUCGAGUCCACCAGAGGAAAUUAUUCUUGGGAGCCCAACCCCCCCCAUAUCAUCAAUAAAGUCUAACAGGUUUUGAAUCAAAGAAAUAGAACCUAGAGGUGAGUGAUUAGCUCCAAAUGGAUAUAAUCUCCUGGACCUAUGGCUUCAGGCCCACCAAAAGAACCUGUGGUACUCUGGUGGACCACCCCAACCCUGUACAAGAGAAUAUAUCCAGGAGUAAAAUAUGACUUGUAACUUAGAUUUUAAGGACUACUGGGCCAGUUUGUUUUUCCUAAAAAUGAUUAAAGGGGUUGGCCACCUUUUGAGCAGGCAGGAGGGUGGUCGUGUUGGUGGCAAUCCUACUUACCUGGUCCCCGCUCCUUCAUUCCCUGUCCUCGGCUGCUUCACUCGGGUUCCUCGCUGUCAGCAUCCAUUUUGACAAUGCUACAGCCAAUCACUAGCCGCAGUGGUGACCUGCCCCUCCUCGUCACCUAACACAAGGGGAGCUGCAGUGGUGACCUAACGAAAGGGAGCAGGUCAACACUGCAGCCAGUGAUUGGCUACAGCGAAUGUUGACAGCGGGGAGCCCGAGCAAGGCAGAGGUGGUGAGGGAGCAAAGGAGCACCAGAGGCGGGUGAGCAGGUAGUAUGCUUCCCUAACCAAAACACAAACAAAAAUGUGGUGGUCAACCCAUUUAAACCCCACCCAUCGGAUCGAGGCGGAUCUUAUACAUGUAUCUUUACUAUUUGCUUUGUGAGUUUGGGCAUUAGACUCCCCUCCCCAUCCCCCAUUGGACAUUGGAGAGCUUAUGUUCCAGUGCCUUAUGUGUACAAGCAGUGGUGGGAGGAAGAUAGUCAUUAUAUAUAUAUAUAUAUAUAUACAGUAUAUAUAGUUCUAUGACUUGUAGUAUAUAUCAUGUUUACUGCCAUAGUGGUUUAUAGGGGUAAGAUAGUCGUAACACCACGUGCCUCGUUCUCCACAUAUCACAAGUAGUCACGUCUGGAGGCCACAGCUCGUAUCUUCUACACAGAUCGGAUCUCAUAACACGAUUGCUGACAUUUUUUAGAUUUUCCACUUCUGUUGGAUCUUGAAUGUAUUUAUUAGUGAACUUCACAGCAGUUAGGCUAGAUUUUACAAAUGGGGACCGACAGAUUUUACAGAUGACGCUCUAUGAUCAAUCAGGUUUCUAGUUAACGGAGGAGAUGUAUCAAAACUAGU